AUGAAGUUCAUGUCCCUUACCAUCGUUGCGUGGGCUUUCCUGUCUCUAAACGCUGGGCUUACGCUUGCUGGAGAUGUGCUCAAGAACAAUGGGUUUAAAUCUUGCCUUCCGAAAAGUGAUAUCGAGAUCCGGGAGCUGGAUUUCGUCCUUAACCGCGCAACCAGGAGAGUCACCUACAAUUUCGUUGGGAUGAACGUCAAAACACAAAAUGUCACUGCCACCAUUACUAUCCUUGCAUAUGGACAGACUUUCACGCAGAAUCUUGAUCCAUGUUCCUCAGACACGUUUAUAGACCAACUUUGCCCUGUACCUGCCGGCCGUUUCACCGCCCAAGGUGAGCAAACGAUUUCAGAAGAGUUUGGAUCCAAAAUACCGAAUAUUGCCUUCAUGGUGCCAGAUUUAGACGCCGAAGCUACACUGAAGCUGGAUGAAAAAGAUGGCAAAAAUGAGCUCUCCUGCAUCCAGUCAACUGUUGGGAAUGGACACUCCCUAAACACCCCGAUGGUAUCAUACGCUGCCGCUGGCAUUUCUGGCGCGGCCCUGGUCGUCUCUGGCGUUGGUGCUGUAGGCGCUACCGCUCACCCUGGAGCACCUGGUGCAAGUCCAUCUUUCAUUCAAGUUAUGGGUUUUUUUCAGGCUAUUGCACUGAAUGGAUUGUGUAGUGUGGACUAUCCUCCCGUUUAUCGGAGCUUUACCAAAAACUUUAGCUUCAGCCUGGGUCUUUUUCCCUGGACAAGCCUACAGGUAUCCAUCGAUAACUUCCGAAAUGCGACUGGCGGAAACCUCACGGAAAACAGCGUCAGCUAUCUUCGGAGUCUGAAAGUACAAAGUAAUGCCACAAAUAGCACUGCUAAGAAGCGCUCGCUUGAUCUCACAUCCCGCCAUGUCCAGCUCCUGGGCCGUGAUAUACAGGAGGAAGUCAACAACCGACUUAGCGGCAUCAAAAAGGGCGUCGAAGAACUCUCUAUUCCAGCAGCCAAUACUUUCAUGACUGUUUUACUUGUCUUUGCCAUUGUCAUUGCUGUCAUUGCCGCAGGCAUAUUACUUGGGAAGGUCAUAUUGGAAAUCUGGGCUCUCUACUCCACGUUCCCAGAGCGUUUGUCAAACUUCCGACAACAUUACUGGGGUUUCCUUGCCAGGACCAUCACCAACUUGAUUCUUCUGCUUUACGGAAUUUGGACCCUCUACUGCAUUUUUCAGUUCACUCGUGGUGACUCGUGGGCCGCAAAAACUCUUGCUGCAGUCACCCUGACGCUCUUCACAGGCGUUCUUGGAUACUUCACCUUCCGUAUCUGGUCCCUUGCCCGACGCCUCAAGAAGACUGAGGGAACUGCUUCAGCUCUGUUUGAGGACAAGGAAGCUUGGCGCAAGUACAGUCUCUUUUACGACCAUUAUAAGAAGGAUUACUGGUGGAUUUUCGUCCCUGUUAUCGUGUACCUCUUUGUCCGUGGCUGUGUGAUUGCUGGCGGAGAUGGGCAUGGUCUCGUUCAAUCUGCUGGUCAGUUUAUUGUUGAAGGCCUCAUGCUUAUUCUUCUAUUAUGGACUCGUCCUUUCGAAACCAAGUCUGGUCGAUGGAUCAAUAUCUCCAUUCAGGUUGUCCGAGUACUGUCUGUUGGAUGCAUUAUCGUCUUUGUUGACGAGUUUGGUAUAUCGAAGACAACAAAGACCGUGACUGGCGUUGCUCUCCUUGCCGUCCAGACUAGUCUUGCGGCCAUUCUGGGCAUACUUAUCUUGAUCAACGGUAUAAUGGCACUGUUUGGCAAAAACCCGCACGAGGAGCGUCACAAGGAGAAACAAAACUUCGAUAGAGAUCUAGACAAUUUAACUCCACUCGAUCCUCGAGGUUCAAUUCUACUCAAGCCCAAAUCCCACGGGUACAUGCACGACGAAGAAAUUGGCAAGCUGAACCAUAUCUCCCGCUACGAGCCUUACCACGACUCACCGCCAUCCAAGCCAAGACACGGCUACAGCGAGAGCACAGACCGACUAGUCCAGCAUCGAGGCGGAAGCCCCGAGAGGCCAAGGAGUGCCGGCAGCGAUAUAUCCUUUACGAACAAUCCUCACCAACAGAAUCGGUCUUUGCUGCAUUAA